UUUCUCUUUAAUUAAUUAAAACAUACUCUACUCAAAAAUUCCUCGUGAAAAAAAUUGACCAGAAAUAGAAAUUACCAAUGAAGAGAUUACAUCCAUCAAGAUCGGUCUCAGCAGCUCUGCUUCUGAUUUUGCUAGCUUUCUUUAGCAGCAAUUUUCACACUGAGGGACACAUAGAUUUGGAGACAAGCAUGGAGAAAUCUAUUGGAGGUAGCUUACGAAGAAUCCCAAGGAGUCGAUACAGUCCUAUACAGAACAAGAGAGAUCCAAGUAGGAAACAGAAGAUCACAUCAAGAGAACCAUAGAUCUUUUUCUCUCUCUGUCUCUUUUAAGUUAGAUCUUCUGAGUUUUUUUUUUGCUUGGGUUGUAAAAUAGUAUGCAUACACUUGUUUGUGAAUGCUACAGUGUAGAGUUUGAUACAUUUACUGUUUUAACUAGUUUACUCUGCCACUGUUUUUUUUUUGAGUCAGAACUCAUUGUGUAAG